CUGGUCGCUUGGAACAUUUUUGGGAAAACCACGCCUAUCUUCCUAUGUAUUCACCCUUGAAAUUAGAGAAAAAUAAAUAUAUCAUAAUAUUAGAGAUGCACUUCACAAUAAUGAGCGUCUAAAAGGGUUGUUGAAUGAUGUUGGUGGUUAAGUGGUUGCAUACAAUAAAUUCGUGUCUGUUCUGUGUUUUACUGUUUUGCAUCCAACUUCCAAAUGAUGCACAAAUUCUAUCCAACUUUGUAAUUGUGAUAAUUGUUGCCGAUUUUAGGAUCUUAAUACCGCAUUUUGCAGCAAACGAGAAUAAAAAAGCAAUAUUUGCUAAACAGAUGAAAGAUGUUCAUUGCAAAACAAAAUCGAAUCGAUUGAUAUGUCAUAACCUGAAAGUUAUGAGAUGAACAUAGAUUUUUCAUUCUUGUACUAGGGCUAUUUAUUGAACAUUUUUACGUUACUUUUGCGGAUAUUUGGCUAAAAAAGUAAGGAAUAAUGGCGAAUGUAUCCUACCAGAUCGACAAUGUGUUGGAGAAGAUGUCUUCUUCCGACAAAGACUUGAGAUUAAUGGCUACGGACGAUCUUAUGACUGUAUUACAAAAUGAUACCAUCAAAUUCGAUGAUGUUUCUGAAGGAAAAAUUGUUACUAAGCUACUCAAGCUGCUGGAGGACAAGAAUGGUGAAGUGCAGAAUCUAGCUGUCGAAUGCCUGGGCCCUUUAGUGAAGAAAGUCAAGAACUGCGAGGUUGAGCAUAUUGUCGAGAUUCUUUGCUUUAACAUGCAGGCUUUUAAACAGCAGUUACGAGACAUCUCAAGUAUUGGACUAAAAACUGUCAUUGCUGAACUGAUCCAAGCACCAAGUGGCUUUUCUUUUAAAAUGUUUGAAAAAAUCACUGGUAGAUUAAUUGCAACUAUUGAAAGACAAGAUGAUGUUUCGGUGCAAUUGGAAGCUUUGGAUAUGAUAACCGAUUUGCUGUUCAGAUUUGGCCCAGUAUUGCACAAGUUCCAUGAUUCAAUUUUGGCUGCACUGUUACCUCAAGUGUGCUCGCAACGUCAGGCAGUUAGAAAACGUACAAUCAGUGCAUGCAGCAACCUGGUACUUUCUUGCAAUCAUUUUCUAUAUGCUAAGCUUGUUGAUCAUCUCUAUGAUGGACUCUGCGUUGACAAGAACAACUCUCAAAUCAGAACGUAUGUUCAAUGCAUUGCAGCUGUUUGUCGACAAUCUGACCAUAAGUUUGAAGAGUAUAUUUCAAAAUUCGUGCCACUCAUUCUCCAAUGCAGUGAAGCGGAUGAUGAUGAACUACGAGAAUUUUGCCUACAAGCAUUUGAAAGUUUCAUAAAACAAUGUCCUAAAGAGAUCACAAAAAAUAUUCCAUUGAUUACUGAUCUAUGCCUGAAAUACAUGGUUUAUGAUCCGAACUACAAUUAUGAUGAGGACGACGGUGCUGGGGGAGAGAAUGACGAUGACGAGGAUGAGGAAAAUGAUGAGUAUAAUGUUGACGAUGACAUGAGCUGGAAAGUCAGAAGAUCUGCUGUCAAAUGCCUUGAAGCUAUUAUAUCAACUAGGCAUGAGCUCCUACCUGAAUUCUAUAAAGUACUUUCGCCGUGUCUUAUCGCUAGAUUCAAAGAGCGUGAAGAGAACGUCAAGUCUGACAUUUUCCACGCGUACAUCGCCCUUUUAAAUCAAACGAAAUCGACAGUCAAUGUCAAUAUGGACCCGAACGCGAUGGCAAUGGACGAGGAAGAAGAAAACCCUAUUACUUUGCUCCAGUCACAAAUCGAUCUUUUGGUUAAGGGAGUCAAAGGCCAAAUGCGAGAGAAAAGCAUGGAAACCAGAAAACUCUGUUUCCACUUACUCCAGGAACUAUGCUGUGUCCUACCUGGAGCUCUCAGCACCCAUAUUGGGGACUUGAUACCCGGUAUUUUGUAUUCGUUAAGCAACAAGAAUGCUAGUAGCAACAUGAAAGUCGACGCUUUGUCUUUCAUAUACUGUCUGCUGAUCAGUCAUCAACCACAAGUGUUUCAUCCUCAUAUAGCCACCCUAUUACCACCUGUGAUUGAGGCCGUUGGAGACAGCUUCUAUAAAAUAACAGCCGAGGCACUCAAUGUCUUGCAAAAACUGAUUAAGGUUAUCCGACCUUUGUACGUUGAAUAUGACCUUGACGUCACUCCCUUCACCAAAGACAUCUACAGUUGCACCUUGCUACGUCUGAGAACUGCCGAUGUGGACCAAGAAGUUAAAGUAAAAGCUAUAUCUACAAUGGGACGAGUCAUUUGUAAUCUUGGAGACCACUUGAAAGAUGAGCUACCUUACUGCCUGCCUUUAUUUUUGGAUAGACUCAAGAAUGAAAUCACGAGACUUACUACUAUCAAGGCUCUUAUCAAGAUUGCUAGAUCGCCUUUGGGCAUUGAACUACCGAUUCUACCAGAAACUAUGCCAGUUCUAGGAUUGUUCCUACGCCACAACGAGACAGCUUUGAAACUAAGUACCUUGCAGCUGAUUAAUUCUCUCAUCAACCAUUACCAUGCAGAUUUGAGCGUCGAAUUACUGCAACCGAUUAUAGCUGAACUGCCCCCUUUACUGGACGAGUCUGAUCUACAUAUUGCCCAGUGGACCCUGCUUAUACUGAAAUCUGUUGCUACAUAUCAUCCCAAAGCAUUAGGGAAUAUAAAUGAUACCAUCAUGCCGCAAAUUCUACUUUUGGUCAAGUCGCCUUUGCUACAAGGUAAGUCGAUUAUAUUGAAUGAAUACUCGUUUGUUACUUGCUGCAGAUUUUAUCAUAUCGAGAUUCAUUUGGUGGUACUCUUUCAAUUUUAUCGAGUUAUCUUUAUUAUUGAAGAAAAGAAGCAUUCUUGGCUUCAGGGAGUUUUUAGUCCAGAUCACCAAGGCCUUGAUCUGACUGCUGGGAAAAAGCUAGGGUUAAGAUGUUUUUUUCCGUAUAACCUCACCCUGUACAGGUCUCAGAUUAGACCUAGCCUUGAGUACUACUCAACAAAAUUUCUUUGAGAUGCUCAUAGCAGUCGCGUUGUCCUGACAUUUAGGCUUCUGCCUGCGCGGCUGCUCCGGUAGAACAAAAAAAUAUAAAACGUUACCUUUAUACUAAGCAGAAUGGAGUUCUGCUCUAUUAUCAUCUGGCAAUAGUCAUGUUAAGGCAUCAUCAGCUGUUUUGUCGACGCCAUAUUUUUGGAGUCAUCUCUUAUCUCUCUAAUUUAAUUCGCCUUGUCUGUUUUCUCUAUAUAGAGCUACUCUUUAAUUUCUCGGUUGGGACUGUUGAAUUGGCCGCCUAGGUAGUGUGAUGUGACGCCUGUAGACUUUUGCCUUUGGAGCUAUGUCUACAUGGAUAAUAGAGUACCAUUAAGGAAUUAGAAAUUAGCGUUAUUCGCCAAGUUCUGUUCAAAAUGCAAAACUUGGAAUUCAAAAAUGAACCGCGUUACCCACAACAUUUGAAAAAAAUAAUUUGCAAAAAAUGAAUGUCACAAGUGCUUCUUUUGUCUGAUAAUAAAAAUAAUCCAUCUUAUUUGAUUGUUUUUAUUUAUUUAUGCUUUAGAACAGCCACUACAUGAGAUUUUCUUGUAUUUUUAGGAGGGGGCCUUUUCAGUUACCAUUAUAGACGUCUAGAGGGCAUCUAAGUUCAUUUUAAAAUCCUCAAAUUGUUUUAUUUUAGCACCUUAUCUUUCUUGCGAAAUGGCUAUGUUUGACUAUGCGAUUGGGUUGAUACGCCAAAAGCUGUUUCAAGAGAUUGAUAAUAAUACCGAUUUUGAGACCGAUAAUAAUGAGGCUCACUCUGAGACCGAUAAUAAUGAGGCUCACCCUGAUCCCGAUAAUUAUGAGGCUCAAACUGAGCCCGAUAAUAAUGAGGCUAACCAGGAGCCCAGUAAUAAUGAGGCUAACCCUGGGGCCAGUAAUAAUGAUGCCAACCUUGAACCCAAUGAUGACACCAUUCCUGAAACCAACUGAACCAUUUGGUAUCCUGAUUCUCCAAAAUCCACUCCUUUCCUGAUAUUUUGGCACUGCCUUGCAGUCGAUGUUAUUUAAAUCGCUAGUGAAAUGCAAUCUCCAAGGUCUUAACUACGACUCUUUGUUACGCUUACUGCUAAUGCCAAUUUCCGAUCUUAAUACGUGUCAAAACGCCACGUUACAUAAGCAAGCGUUUUAUUCACUGGCAAAGUGCGUGGCAGCAAUAACUGUCACCUGUCACAAUCAAGCAUUGCCAGUGGUGCCACAAUUCAUCAACGAAAUACAGACUGCGUAAAGCGACAGCCAACAGAUUUUUGCUCUGUUGGUUGUUGGAUAAAUUGCCAGAGAAAUAGACUUGACAACAACACCUAAUCUUAAGCAAGUUAUUCUGAAUUCGAUUUCUGCUGUUUCAGAGGAAGUUAAGACAGCAGCUAGUUAUGCCCUUGGAAGUAUCUGCAUUGGAAAUGUUUAUUUUGAAGGAGAGUCAGGAUCAACCAAAGCGUCAGUAUCUGUUACUGCAUUCGUUAAAAGAAAUCCCGUUUCUCGUUACGUCGACCCUAUUUUGUUACAUUUCAUAGCUUUAAGGAAUUUGUAUUGCAAUUUUUUGAAUAAACGAUCAGUUUCAUUGUGUUUAUUGUGAAUUUUUUAAUAUUGUUUUAAUUUCGAUGGUAAGCGAAACGUUAUAACUGUUAUUGUGAAGAUAAUGGAC